AUGGAGGGCGUACGCCAGUCGUGUCGACCUAAGCAUCAGGUCUUGGUCCUCAAAUGUUACCCUCAAUAUCAGAAAGGGAUUUCGGACGUCAAGCCGAAUCCCAGUGAGCUUUCUUAUCUGCUCUACUAUGCCAGCACUCGCCGCAGUAAGCUGACGAAAGUCGGCGCUUUCCUGGAGAAAAGGGCCGCCCGGGAUGUCUGGCGUCGCAAGAUGGGCAAUGUACAGGUGACGCUUCAGAUUCUCACUGCCCUUAUCGAGAAAGUUCCCCGAGACCUCCCCAUCUACGCCCGAUCGGUGUUGACGGUCAUCGACACGGUUCUCCGCUCUCGUGAUAUUUCCCUCGUCGAGGACUCGAUCGCCACUUUUGAGAUGUUCUGUCGCCAUCAGGACAUGGCGGCCUUGUCAGCCGAACAGGAAUUCGCGACCCAAUAUCGUGAGGUCGUACGGACCUACGCAAGCUUUGCCGACGUUCAUGCCCAGGCGAACCCUGCUACCAGCGCUCCAUUGGCUAUACGGUGGAGGACGGCGGGACUACGUGCGAUCAAGGGUGUGGUCAGCUCCGAAGCGGGCUUGGCUGCAGAUGGCGGAGAUUCGUUGAGGCUCAUAUUGCCUGUCAUCCUGGAGAACCUCUGCCAAGGAGACGAAGAUCUGCUUACGUCUCUCGAAAACCAACUCCAGGAAUCGGAGAAAAGCAAUGACACGGACCCCGCGCACCGGCGCCGAGUCAGCACCGCGACUGUGCAGACGGUGGACACCGUGAACGGUGAUCCGGCGCUGGCUUCCCAAUCUGCAGCUGAUACGGACAAGAAAGCAGAGAUGGACGUCCGGCUGCUUGCACUCCGCUGUCUGGAGAGCAUUGUCGUCACUGGAAGCAGUCGCGGUCAAAUUCGCGUUACUACGAAAGUUGUACUGGAUUUCAUUCUCCGCAAAAGCAGAACCUCCAGUCUGGGCUUGUCGCUGGAUUCGGGGGAAAACUGGGCGACGUCUUUGAUUGAGCUUGUUGCAAAAUGGUGCCCUGUGCAGGUUCGUUUCAUCAUCUUGGUCGCCGCCAUGGAACACCUGUUCGAUACCGCGCCAACAGAAGAGGGCCUAGACGAGCAUUUCACCGUUGUCUACAUGAUCGAUUGGCUGCUAAAGUCCUCCGUGAACAUGAUGGGGCUUAGCGUCAUCGACAUCCUCUUGAGUCUCAUGCAACAUAUGUCAUCUCUGCUGUUUCCCGCGGGCAGCGAAAAGCCGACUGAGCCGUCUGGCAAGAGAAAUGAGCUUCUUUCUCUCCUUCAGAGGUGUGUCGGAAACCUCGCAACACACAACUACUAUGGCGACCAGAUUGUGGAUAUGAUUAAAACUAUCCUCAACCGGAUCAAGGCUACAUCGCCCCAGGAGCACCCCACACCAGCCCAGGCCGAUUCUCCUGGCUCUCAGAAUGGCAGUCUCUCCGGCGAAACCAGCUCUGUGGCCUUUUCAUCCGCUGCUGGAAAGGUUAGCGCUCUUCGAGCCAUCAAGAAUGUUUUACUGGUAGCGAACUCUCGGAGACAGGUGGCUGUGGCUGGCGUGGAAUCGAGAAACCCGGUGGGAAUCCAUGUCUGGGAAGGGACGCAAUGGCUGCUGCAAGAGCGGCAAAGUAACGUACGCAUAGCGUACGCGAAUGCAUUGUUGACCUGGUUGAACCUGGAAACAAGACAGAGCGAUCUGAUUGUCAAGGACAAGCAUGCAAAGCUGUCCAGCCCGAAGCGUGAGGCCGUGGAGGUCAGCGAGAAGUCUGGUAAGCGGUCUGGUUCAGGCGUGCACCAACGAGAAAGGGCAGCGUUCGCAGCGCAGUCUAACUUCCUGCGGAUGCUCCAUUUGACUAUCUACGACAUUGCGCUCGAGAGCCCUGCACGCGUGUCUGAGGUCCGGCUGCUUCACUUAAUCUUGACCAGUCUUGUUGAGAAGCUCGGAAUCAACGCGUGCCGAUUUGGACUUCCUAUGGUUUUGAAGCUCCAGGACGACAUGGACACCUCCCAGAGCUUGGUUUCUGUUACUGCUAAGGUGAACAUCGGGAGCUUGGUAUAUGGGUAUCUUUGGGCGUUGUCUGAACGCUUUGAUCUUGAGACGUCCAGCGUUGGGAGGGGGAUUCAGAGUGAGAUCAUGAAGAGGCAAAAGCUUGGUCUCUGGCUUGAAUACAUCCGGUUACCUGCCGCCGACCUUGACCAUAUCAUCCAAGGCGGCGAGUCCCAUGCUAUUGCUGACAACUCGAGGGAUACUGAUCAGAUGACACCGUACAAGAGCGAUAUCGAGGCACUUGUUCGUGGCAUUGAAGAUGUGUACAACCAAGCCGUGGUCUCUGCCCAUAGCCCUCCGAGCUCCCCCGGACGCAUCUUGCCCCUGCCUCCCUUAGGGCAUGGGUCAGCCUCCGCGAAUCCCCAGCGCCCCAACCUGCUUCCGGUUCUUGUUAGGGAGCAGAUGCUAUCGGGGUGGUCGAGAGAAUCCUGUCUGGCGGCUGCAGAGCGGGAGAAGACCGAAGCGGUAUCCCUUAGUGGCUCGAGGGCCGGGACUCUCGCAAUGCGCGGCCAAUUCUACCUCAGUGGGGCGGAAGGCAGUUCGCCGUCGACAUCCUCUCCUACAUCCGCACAGCAAGGCGCAGCCGGCCUGCACAAUUCUCGUCGGAUGAGCGUGCCCGAAUCCUCCCGGCCCCAGCCACAUAGCCCUAGGGAGUCGCCCGUGCACGUCAAUGAACUAAGGCGCGUGCUGUCGAUCAACGACCAAGAGAAAAUGCGCCGCCUGAGUCCACUCCGAGGCCGGCUCGAUGCUUCGAAUCGCAGCGUGGUCUCUUCCAGCAGCGAGAGCAUGGUCAGUGGCUAUUCGCUGUCGGAGGUCGACGGGGACGGAGCCUCGAUCCGACACCAUUCUUCUCGGGGCGGGUACAUGACUCCAGAUGGCGACGUGACCCCCAGAGCUUCGGACGGUACUAUGCCUUACUACAUGGCCUCGGAGGACAUUCCCCCCGUGCCUCCGAUACCCCCGUCCUUGUCCAUUCCAGGCAGCAUGCCGAACGACUCGCAGCGGUCCUUGUCCACCGACCGACCGUCAACCGCGCCUGGUCCCCGCCGGCUGCCGGCUGCCAACGGGAAGCCCGGCACGUCCGGCACGCCUCACCACGGAAAAUCGCUCAGCAAGCACAAGAGUCGAUCCAGCACGGGGCUCGCAGCUGCAGCGGCAGACGGCGACUACUCAAGGGGUCACAUGUACGACGGAUCUCCUGAAACAGAUAAUGCGCAGCGUCGGGACGUGCAGGAACUCCUCAACGGGUUCCUGUCCCCGGCCCACGCCGAGAUGCGAAACGGCACCGGCAGGCCUCGUGCUGCAGGCCGACGGGGAGUAAGCGGAGGACUCGGACGCCCCCCCUACUAA